AUGCGGGAACAUCAUCGCGAAAAGAAGUUGAAUCGUUCUUGUCUUCACCAAAGAAGUCAAACAGUGGCUUAUGCACCGUUUCCUAACUACCCGGAAGAAGAAGCCGAGGUUUUAUCUCGAGCAGCUGAAAAAAUUGAAACUUCCACGCAAGACUUGAAAGGAAAACAUCAGAAGCAUAAACGCAUGCUGUCUCCGAAUGAUCAGUUACCUAGUGAAGUUUUCCUUGUGGUUUCCAAUAUUUCUGGAUGUGUGCCUGAAAUGCUACCAUCUAAGUGUCAAAACAACUCUGCAACCAAUAAGUAUAGAAGCAUUACUGGAGCCUGCAACAACAGGGAACAUCCUACUUGGGGAGCUUCCAACACUGCUCUAGCUAGAUGGCUUCCUCCAGUUUAUGAAGAUGAACUAAGUCAGCCCAGAGGAUGGAAUCUCGGUUUCUUACAUAAUGGAUUUCCAUUGCCUUCGGUACGUGAAGUGACGAGAAAAAUUAUUGAGGCGUCUAAUGAGGCUGUCACUGAAGAUGAGUUAUAUUCUGAUCUGAUCACUGUAUGGGGCCAAUAUAUAGACCAUGACCUUGCCUUUACUCCCCAAAGUGAAAACCGACCUUCCUUCCAGGGAGCCAUCAAUUGCCAACUGACCUGUGCAAACCAAAAUCCAUGCUUUCCAAUACAGAUCUUUCCCAAUGAUACAUUCUCUGCAAGAAUGGAUUGCAUCCCUUUUUAUCGUUCAACACCUUCAUGUAUCACUGGUCAACAGGGAAUGUUAGGAAAUCUAUCGGUGAUAAACCCAAGGCAACAGAUGAAUAUAGUUACUUCCUUCCUGGAUGCCUCUACUGUUUAUGGCAGCACAGCUGCCGCGGAGAACAAGCUGAAGAAUCUGACCAGCAGAGAAGGCCUCCUAAGAAUUAACCUGCUACAUUUUGAUAAAGGGCUUGAAUAUCUUCCUUUUGUUGACCAAGUGCCUUCUCCUUGUGCCCAAGAUCCAAGGGGGGACAAAGCAGAAAGGAUCGAGUGCUUCAUGGCUGGGGAUACCAGGUCGAGCGAAGUGCUUUCCUUGGCAGCUCUGCACACUCUCUGGUUGCGAGAGCACAACCGCCUGGCAAAAGCCCUAAAGGAGCUGAACCCCCACUGGACUUCCGAAACGGUCUAUCAAGAGACUCGCAAAAUGGUUGGCGCCCUACAUCAGAUUAUUACCAUCAGGGAUUACAUUCCCAAAAUCAUUGGUCUGGAUGCUUUCGAACAAUACAUUGGUCCUUAUCAAGGCUAUGAUCCCACAAUCAAUCCAACAGUAACCAACGUAUUUUCGACCGCAGCCUUUCGCUUUGCUCACGCUGCAAUUCAUCCACUGGUGAAGAGGCUCAAUGCGCAGUAUAAGGAAGACCCAACGCUUCCUAAUCUUUACUUGCAUGAGGUUUUUUUCAUUCCCUGGAGACUCAUUAAAGAAGGUGGUUUGGAUCCCUUGCUAAGAGGAACGCUAACAACUGCAGCAAAACUUCAGGUCCAGGACCAAUUGCUGAAUGAAGAAUUAACGAAGAAGCUCUUUGUAUUGUCCAACAAUGCUUCCUUGGAUUUAUCAUCACUUGAUUUACAACGGGGACGUGAUCAUGGGCUCCCAGGUUACAAUGACUGGCGAGAAUUCUGUGAUUUGCCAAGACUAAGGACAGAACAGGAGUUGAUGACAGCAAUAGAGAAUAAAACCGUUGUCCAAAGAAUUAUGGAACUCUACAGAAACCCCAACAAUAUUGAUGUCUGGCUGGGAGGAAUAGUAGAAAGUAUUCAUCCUGAUGCCAGAACGGGUCCCUUGUUUGCAUGUAUCAUUGGAAAGCAAAUGAAAGCAUUGAGAGAUGGCGAUAGAUUUUGGUGGGAGAACGUCAACAUUUUUACUGAUGCUCAAAGGCAGGAGCUUGGAAAAUAUUCUUUAUCCAGACUUAUUUGUGAUAACACAGGCUUGACGGAAGCACCCCCUGACCCUUUUCUACUUGGAAAAUAUCCUAAAGAUUUUGUGUCAUGUGAAAAUCUACCUAGCAUUAAUUUAGGACCUUGGCUUGAAGUCCUUUGACCAGAGUUACAACCUGGUUCUCCAGUCAAAGAAGAACAUGAGGACUUCAUCCAUUGCUUAGAAGCUGGAAAAUCUUCAGUGCCA